AACUGUCAUUUCAAUUUGUCAAUCGUGAGAUUUGACAAAAAGGAAAAGUAAUUGAAAUCUGUUUUUAAACAAAUAAUUUUAUUAUAAAAUUAAAUAUUAUUAUUAAUGUUUGAGAUAGGAAACGUAUAAUCAUAAGGACGCUAAAAUGCAAAAGAUGGCAAGAGAUUACGACCACUUAUUUAAAUUACUUAUAAUAGGAGACAGUGGUGUUGGUAAAAGUUCAUUAUUAUUAAGGUUCUCUGACAACACAUUUACAGGAAGUUAUAUAACUACUAUAGGAGUAGACUUUAAAAUAAAAACUGUUAAUGUCAAUGGUCAGAAAGUGAAGCUACAAAUUUGGGAUACUGCUGGUCAAGAGAGAUUUAGAACAAUCACCAGCACUUAUUACCGAGGUACACAUGGAGUUAUAGUUGUAUAUGAUGUUACCAAUGGAGAAAGUUUUGCAAAUGUUAAAAGGUGGCUUCACGAAAUUGAACAGAACUGUGAUUUAGUUAAUAAAGUAUUAGUUGGAAAUAAAAAUGAUACUCCAGAUAGGAAAGUGGUGCUUACAGAGGAUGCUCAAAGAUUUGCCGAUACAAUGAACAUUAAAUUAUUUGAAACAUCCGCGAAAGACAACAUGAAUGUUGAAGAGAUGUUCCUAUCAAUAACAAAAUUAGUGUUACGCUCAAAAUUGGAGAUGCAAGAAAGACAGAAUAUCAAUUCAAAUGAUACAGUCAAUUUAAGGAAGUCUAACAAACAAGGGAAAAAGAAAAACUGUUGUUAGCCUAUAACAUUUCCAAUUUACAUUUAGGUGUGGAUGUAUAAAAGGAUGAAUGGAUCUAUAGCUAUUUUUUAAUAUGCAAAUAUUCAGAUCGUAGUCUGACAUAGCUUCAGUAAAUAUUUGAUAUGAUUGAUCUUCAGGGUUUUUUUUAGUUAGUACUGGUUUUGUGAUUUGUUGAAAAUAAGGUCCAAUAUUUAUUUUUUAAAUAAAAGUGUACUGAAAAAUCAUACCACUAAAAUUAGCAAUAAGUUAUAUGAAACAUAGGGCUGAAAUAGUUACUUUGUUUAUUAAAUGUUACUCUUUCCAUGCAGCUGAUCAAUUAAUUUUGUAAUGUGUCUACUUAUUGACUACUCUCUGUCACUAUCUUUUUUAAUCUUAUGUUGUAAAAAAUAUUAAAAAAUUUGUCCUUGGAUUAUGUAGCAGAAAUAUUUGAUAACUUUGAAAUAUUUGCAACACCUCUUAUUAGUUGAAAUUUUCUAUUUAAACCAUUUUUGACCUGAGACUUUCAUAUAUUUCUGAUUUUUUUUUCAUACUGAGGCAGUAGAAUUAUUGGUUCUUCCAGCAACUACAUCAAUAGUUAUUACAACCAAUAUGUAUGGGAAUAUCUAUUUAAAUUAAUUGCAAUUGAAAUAAUUUUUGGUGCUCAAAUUAGUGUUCAAGCUAUAAAACUAGCUAUUCAAAGUCCUGGACUUUAUUAAAUUUAUACUUCCUGUUUUGGUCUGUCAUCUCUUUCAAGAUUCAAAUUUAAAUCCCUUAUAUUUGGUCAUUUAUGUGUAGUUUUACUUUCUUUUCAAAGAGUAGAAGCAUUUUUUCUAGAUUUUUUUUCUUAGAAGUACCACAUUAACUGCAAAGAUUUAUGUUUUGUUAUUGUAAAUCAUAACUCUGGGUUCGGAUGCCACUACUUCUCAGGAUCAUUUCUAUAAACAAGUUAAAGAGCACUGUUGAUGGUGGAUCUCCUUGCUUUACAUCUCUCACUUUGGUAAUCAGAAACAAAUGGGAGAUUAGGAUAUAGUUUUUUUUAUUAAAAAUAUAUAAUUUGAAAACUAUAUUAAAUUAAAAAAUUACAUGAGCUUACACAAAUUAUUUAGAACAUUUUAAAUUAAUUAUCAAGACAAUAAAACAAUCUUUGUUCAGUGAACAAUUUGAUCCAAAAAACUUUCCAUAUUCCACUAUAUCUAAGGUAACAAUAAACAUUUAUGUAAAAUUUACAAUUCAUUUUAAUUGCAUCAUAAAUUACGUUAUCUCAUUUUGCUACAUUUGCCAUUGAUUUUGGAUUAUAAAAUUUAAAAGACAAUGCUUUUUCAACACUAUGAAAAUUGAUUCAUGUUUAAACUCAAUACUAACAUUAUAUUCAACCAAAAGGUAUUUAAAUAAGCUUUCAGUCAACACAUGUUUCGAGAUAACUAUUGUAUAGAUUUUUACAAAAAACAUAUUUUUAUAGUUAUUCAACAGCAAUCAGAAUUUUCCAUCAAUUAACCCUACCUUAGUUCCUUCCAUUGAUAAUUUUCUCCACUGUUUCCCAAAUCUGCUAGGCAUCUUUACUUUCUGUGAUAUUUCUUUUGUAUUUAUGUUUUUAUUUGAUGAUGGUGCGUGUUUCUAAUCAUUCUGAUUUUUCAUUUAUGUUGUAACGGACUGUUGUGACUUAUAUGGGGUAUCCAGAAACUCUCCUAAACACAGAUACUAAAUUUAGUUUUAUCUCCAUCUAAUUUAUUUAUAUUAAAAAAUUACUAUGAAGAGGAUGACAAUUAUUAAUAUUGUGAAAUAUUACUACUGAAAAUUAAUGAGAAAAUUUGAUUAAAAUUAUGAAUCUGCUCCAAAAUGGGUUUAUUUAAAUUAUUUGGCAAUAAAAAAUUGCUUUUCAAUUCAAAACAUGAUUCAUAACUAGGAAUAGCGAAAGGAUUGGAGAAAUUUAAGUUUGUACAAGAAAUUAGACCCCAAAAAGACUCUUUGCAUUCCAAAUACAUCUCAUAACCAAAAAUAAUCACGAAACUGAAGAUAUUGCAAGAUAAAGCAUGAAUUUUGGCAUUUAAAAUAUUAAAACCAUCACAAUUAUUAACAUUGUGAACUGUUGAAUGUAUUACUACUGAAAAAUUAUGAAAAAAUUUGAUUUAAAAUUGUGAAUCUGUAAUUGAACUCCAAAAUAGGAAUAAUAAAUUUUAGCUUUGGAAAUCUUAGAAAAUUGUGAACUACACAAACGAAUUUUUUUGUUGUAUAGGAUUACAUAUGUAAAAUAAAAUUUCUGGUUAUCAAAUAUACCAAUUUAUAAUAACUUAAUUCUCAUAUAUAUAACUGAGCUAUGUCAUAUUAUGAAAUCGAAUUUUAGUUUAGAGGUCCCUGUAUAUAACAAAUUUGUAUAUACAAAGUUGUUUAUUUAUAACAGCGAAAAUAUUUUUACAGAGCUCUCUAAAGUCGCAGCAAAGACCAAAAAAAAGCAGAGUGAUAUUUUAUAAGAGCUAUUUGUUUAAUAAAAAAAUAUUUCUAUCAUAUCUAAUAGUUCAGACGUCAGGUUUUAAUGGUCACAUAUUGAGUAUUAUAUAUUUUUUUACAUCUGUAGGCUAUUCAUCAUUCAACCCUUGUAAGCUAUUCAUUUUUAGCCACCCCUUAGCCGCAAUAAUAUUGUCAAGUUGAUUUAUAAAAACAAGAGAAGCUUUCUUUUCCUACCUGAAUAGUUGGUCGCUGGUGUACACAGAGUAAUAUAAAAUGGUAUAUCAAAGUUUGGGUCAAUAUUUUCUAUUUUGUUUCCAAAAAACAAAAACAUACCUUCCAAUGAUCCAGAACUUAUUAUUAUUUAAUCAAAGUAUAUUUUUUUACAUUUAUCUAGUAUUUUAUUUCUAUACAUUUAAUUCCCGCCUUUUCAAUCGCCAUACCUGAAAUUCUCUUUUGCAGCAAUGAAAAGCUGCAACAGUGAUCAAAUGUUAUCUAAACUCCUCUUAGUGUGAACAAUAAUUUUUUCAAAUUCUGUAAAUCGAAAUAAAAAAUGUUGGAACAAUGAAAAUGAAGUUACAGAGCCUACUCAGUCUGCUGGUAAAUCCAUCACUGGAUAUUAUUUAAACAAAAACAAUUUUGUUCUAUAUCUAACAAUAAUAAAACUAAAUACUUGUUGCUUAGACAUAUGGCAGUAAAAUAUAAUGCAUCUAAAAUUAGAAGAACUACCACCACAGGUAUAUAUCCAUUUGAUUACACAGUCAGGCAUACUUUAUACAAAUGCUCAGGUAGAAUUUUUGGUACCAAUGAUGAUUUUUAUUGAAUGCCCUGUUAAUUAACACUAUGCCAACACUCAAACAAUUAGAAUUUUUGGUACCAAUGAUGAUUUUUACUGAACACACUGUUAACUACCAUUAUACCAACAUUCAAACAGUUAGAAUUUUUGGUACCAAUGAUGAUUUUUACUGAACACACUGUUAACUAACACUAUACCAACAUUUAAACAGUUAGAAUUUUUGGUACCGAUGAUGAUGAUUUCUACUGAACACAUUGUUAAUGAUACCAAAACUGGUAUGCAAGUAAUAGAAUCUUCCAUUGAUCUUUUUGAAAGGGUUUAAUUGUUUUUGUAAACUUCCCUUCUUUCUAAUAUCAUAGAUAAGUCGAUUGCAAUUGGUUUUUAAUAUGAACGAAAAAUAUUAAAAUUCAGAAAAAUACCUGGCGUCUGAGCUAAAAUGAUUUCUGCAAUUUAAAGUGUGAUAGAUGAGUUAAUAAGUGUGUUUGUACAAAUUAUAAAUAAAACCAAUGAUAAUUCUCAAUGUUAGCCAAAAUUUUUCCAAUUUUUAGUAAGAUAUCUACUCUUCCAUUUUUAAAUUUUGUUAUGUCUGUAUCGUUUUUAUUAUUUGUAUUGUACAUAAGAAUUUUUCGUAUCCACCCAUAGGUUUUAACCAAUUAAAACGUUAUGUUCAGUCUUUCAGUAUUGGUGUAUAUUUUGACAGGGGUAUAAUAACAUUAAUAACUGUCAGAAGAACUAACUGAUUGACAGGUGUAGCUGUAUUAUGUAAGUAGGUGUUGCGAAGAUUGCGUAUAGCUGGAAUUUAGCGAAGAUUACGUCAGGUUGAUGAUUGACGAGGGUAAGACAAGGCCCAAACCUUGAAGCAAAGGAAUCUGACAUGCGAAGAAUGCGUACACCACCAAUAUAAGCUGUUGACAAGAAAUUUUGUACUUUUGUUAGUAAUUUACACUAAUAUUAUUAUAUAUUAAUUAUAGUUAGUAAGUUUUAUCAGUAAGAACUGGUUUGUUGUUGUAAGUCAGCUAGGGGUGUUUCUUAAUGGUAUAUGCUUUCUUCAUCUGCCACUUUCCGCUGCCUUAAAGGUUAGGUUUUGUCUCACCCUUUAAACAUCAACUUGGCGUAAUCUUCGCUAAAUUCCAGCUAUACAAAAUCUUCGCAUAUUUUCUAAGUACCCCGUUAUGAAAUAUUUUAUGUAGCUUAUUGUGUUAUUAUAUGUAAAAAAAAUGUAACUAUUUAGAAAAUACUCUAAAAGUUAGAUACAAAAAAUGCGGUCUGGAUGGAUGUAAUGAAAAUUGUUUAUGAAAUUUAUUUAUAUACAUCAGUGGCGUACUCUGAAAUAAUUUUCGGGAAGGGGAUUAGAAGGAACUGUAACAAAAAUUGGUACUUGGGAUUUACAUAGAUAAAAUAUCUUAAUAAGUAAAACGUUUUACUAAUUAAAGAUGUAUGAAUAAAAAAUUAUUCCGUUUAAAACUACAUCCACAGUAUUUUAGUUUACAUAAAGAACUGCCGAUCUCUUCCUUCCCAUAUUAGUACGCAAAUGUAAUUUUAGAUAUUUUAAAUUUUCGAAAAUAAUCAAAAAUAUUUGUAAAAUCCUUUUUAUAUUAUAUUAUAAAAUGGUUUAAAUCACAUUUUGAAUACACUUUUUCUGGAGAUUCCUUCAAUUACUGCUCGUGAUCAGUUUUCAAUAUCAUUGUAUUGGAAAACUUUUCAACAGAAUCUUUAAUUGUAUAAAAAUUUUCACCGUCUAAAAAUGAUAAUCUCUUAUUAUGUCAAUGUGAUUUAACUUCAAUAUCAUAUUCCAAUAAAAAAUGUUCAAAAAUAUUUUGGAAAUAAUUUGAUGUGUUUCUUAUUUUCUUGAUCUGCCAAUUUCAACGCUUUUUACAAAGAUUUAGAUGAAUUUUUUGAAGUAUUUUGCUCAAGGAAAGUGAAUAAGCAUUUAACCUUUUCAACCGCAUUAUGCGCAAUCCGUAGUUUCAUUUACUUCUAUAUUCCUCCUGUUCUAAUAGGAAAAAAUGGAGGCAGAAGUUCAGAACACUCACACUAAUCAUGUUUGGGUUUAGGUGUUCUUUCAGCUUGUGGAAAACAUUGUUGAACUUAUGCUGAACAUCCCACACCAACCUUGUUUGGGUUUAUUCUUUCAGCUUGUGGAAAACAUUGUUGGACAUGUGCUGAGCAUCUCACACCAACCAUGUUUGGGUCUACAUGUCCCUUCAGCUUGAGGGAAACAUUGUUGAUUUUAUAUUUUCGAAAGUUUUAAAUCCGGAUUACAAAUGAAGUCCUAUUCGGAUGCUCCCCGGACGCCCUCUAAACUAGAACAAAUCCGGGGAAACCCAGAUGGAUGGCAACUUUAACUGUCCAAAACAGAAUACUGUUGAAUUUUAUAUUAAAAAAUAUAACUUGAACUCUCAAUAAAUAAUUUUUACUCGUCAUUAUGUUAGUACUAUUAAGUAUCCUUAAGAAAGCAAGUCAUUUUGCUAGUUGAUCAUCCAACUAAACUUAGAUAUUUAACUGUUUACAAUCUACAAUAAUAUUGAAGUAAUAACGAGUUUACAAUAAGUGCCAAAACUAUGGCUUGGUUAUUAUAUUUAUUUUCGUGAUAGGUACCUAAUAAUUUAUGUGAAGUAGUUAUUUUCAAAAUAAAAUUCAUUCAAUAUAGCAGGUGUUGGUACAGUAUAAUUUUUGUAUCCAACCAAAAAAACUUCCUUUCACUCUUACAUUCCCAUAGAAAAGAGGUACUACACUAUUGAACCCCAGUUUAUGUUCAAAUGAUCCAACUGAAACACUACUUGCCAAAGAACUAGAAUGCUUCUGUCAUUGGUUUGUUUUCGGAAAGGUAGUGGCUGUCUAGUUACAUUACAUUAAAGAGAAAUUAGUAUUUUUGCUGUUGGAGAAAAAUAUUGAACGCAUUGCCCCUAAAAUUUAGAAUAACAAUUUUUCAAAGAACGUGUAGUCAUGGAUACAAUUAGUUCUUCAUACUUUUCUAAAGAAAAAUUCAAAAAAGUUUCAAUUAAGUCUCUUUUUACUACUAUGAAUAUAGGUUUUAAAAGUUUGGAUGGACUCUAAUUUAUUCCUUUUUUUUUUAAACAAAACUCCUAUUUGUUUCAAGUUUUGCUUCAUACAUCAUCUUUAUAAAGCAUGUAUUCACUGUAAAAAAAUUGAAAAUAUGAAUUAGUUCGUUUCUGAUAAAAUUUUCAAAACGUAUAGGUUUUGUUUCUUUAUAUUUUUAACUGUGACUGUCUACAAAGGAAAAAUGAAAUUGUCAAGAUGUCAGUUCAAUAUCCUGCAUCCACUGCUAUGUAACUUGCAGCAUUAUUAAUAUUUAGCAGUGGUACUAAUUAGGUCAUAAUUUAUUUAUAAAUCAUGGUGUUAUUUCUUUAUAUAUCUGGCAAUUAUCCAUGAAUUUGUUACAUUAGAUAUAGAAGAAAUCUUCCUUAAGGUUGGAAAUAAACAAUAUUUUGUAUACCACUUGUGGAAAACGAUUUACAAUUCGAAAAUUUCGGACACAUAUCAAGAAUACCACCAUGAAUAUUAAAAACUGGAUAUUUUAAGGCAAAAUUAUAUAAUUUUAAAGUAUAACCUAAAAUAGAAUGGAAAUUAAUCAAUUCAAGUAGCUGGUUAACAAAAAUGAAAUUAGAUAUUACAUUGGAUAGAAAACUUGUGAUGUGGUUCCAAAAGCCUUCCUACACCUUGUUUGUUCUACCUUUAUUUUCAUCGAUAUUUCUCAACUGAUUUUUAAAUUCUAAUUUUAAAAAAACAUAACAUCAGUAUAUAACCACUAAAUGAUGGCAAUCAGUAGCUUACUUUAAAUUUUAUCCUGUUCCACUACUAUUUUAAUCUAUUCUCAUUAUGAACCAUUAUUAAGAAGCUUUUAAUCAGUAUAAAUAAAAAAAUCUCCAACCUUUUACUUCUUAGACCUGCGCAUACGUUAUAGGUGAUGAUUCAACUUGAUUUUAGCUCUCUUUUGAUUGAAAAUCUGUUAUUUUGAACUGAUUUUCUAUAAAAAGAAAUAUAUCAUCACAAGAAAAAAAAAUCUUCAUGGUUAAAUAUAUUGGGGAUGUUUGAAUAACUAAAUUAAUAUACUGUUGCCGAAGAUCUAUGAAUAGUUAAAAAUUUGAAAAAUUAUAAUGUAUUUGAUAUAUCUUACCAUUUUUACAUUUGAGUGAACUCCUUGCUAUAAACAGGAAAUUACUGAUUUUUAGAGAGCAUAUCAAUUUGCUGAGAAUCAUCCAUUGACAAUAUUAGAAAUAAACUUUUAUCCAAGAAUGCAUUAUUUUAAUUGCAAGUGUUGAAAAAUAUGUGUACCCUGUUUAUUUAAAAAUAAAUUGUAUAUUUG